UAAUAGAUUGUUUUUUAUACAUAAUGUUUUGUUGUUACAUUUGUUAUCGAGUUAAUUUCCUUAGUAGGUGAAAUCACAGGUCAGCAUGUGGGAGAAGUGGGAGUUCAGGAUGAUAGACGAGUUGUCUACAUGGAGGACCAUUCAAGUGGAUUUUUACCAGUCAGAGGGGACCUGCUGUGCUGAGAUGGCUAUGGUAUGUCUCACAGACUUUGAGGAGUAUGCGAAGGAGCACCUCUCCAAGGCCACAUGGGACUACUACGCAGCCGGAGCAGACGAGUGCUGCACCAGGGAUGACAAUCUGCUGGCCUACAAACGGAUCCGUCUGCGGCCACGGAUUCUACGGGACGUGUCUGUGAGUGACACCAGGACCACGGUGCAGGGCACAGAGAUCAGCUUCCCUGUGGGCAUCGCCCCCACUGCCUUCCACUGCCUGGCCUGGCAUGAGGGAGAGAUGGCCACCGCCAGGGCUACGGAGGCAGUGAACACAUGUUACAUCACUAGUACCUACUCCACCUGCUCUGUGGAGGAGAUCGCAGCUGCAGCACCUAACGGCUACCGCUGGUUCCAGCUCUAUGUGUACCGGGACAGAAAGCUUUCUGAAUCAAUCAUUCACCGUGUGGAGGCCCUAGGCUACAAGGCCUUGGUCCUCACCGUCGACGUGCCCUACACCGGGAAGCGCCGCAACGAUAUACGCAACCAGUUCAAGCUCCCGCCACACCUCAAGGUCAAGAACUUUGACGGUGUCUUCCAGGAGGCUGCCGGUCCUGCGGGUGAGGAGUAUGGGGUCCCUGCCAACACCCUGGACCCCUCCAUCAGCUGGAAGGAUGUGUACUGGCUGCAGUCUCUCACCCGCCUGCCCAUCAUCAUCAAAGGCAUCCUGACGAAGGAGGACGCUGAGCUGGCCGUGGAGCAUGGCGUCCAGGGCAUCAUCGUGUCCAACCAUGGAGGACGCCAGCUGGACGGAGGGCCCGCCACAAUAGAUGCCCUGUCUGAGAUUGUGGACACAGUGCAGGGGCGGAUCGAGGUAUAUCUGGACGGGGGUGUCCGCACUGGUAGUGAUGUGCUGAAGGCUGUAGCUCUGGGAGCCAAGUGUGUGUUCAUCGGCAGGCCGGCCGUGUGGGGCCUCGCCUAUAAGGGUGAAGAGGGGUUGAAGGAGGUACUACAUAUCCUCAACGAUGAGUUCCGUCUGUCAAUGGCUCUGUCUGGGUGCAGGAACGUGGCUGAGAUCAACAGGAACCUCAUCCAGUUCUCCAAACUGUGACUUAGCAGCAGGGGGCGCCAGAACCAGCUUGACGAAAGCAAUACAGCGCUAUCCAUUCAAUCAAUAGAACUUCCAAUUAAACCAGAAUUUGGGACAACAAAGGGAAACAUCUCAUGUGAAUCAUAAUGAACUGAAACUGAAUCUGACAUCAAUCAAAUAAAUCCUGAAAUCAUAAUAAAUUUGAAUAGUUUUAUCCAA